CGAGACCCAGCGGCCUCUCUGUCUGCGCCGCGAAGGGAAGAUGGCGGCGCUGGUGGUUUUCUGGUCUCCGGCGCGCGGACUGCGCGGGCUCAUGCAGCGCUGCUGGGGGCAGCUGGAGCGGAGUCUCCUAAGGGGGCUCCCGCCCCCCCCCUGGGCACCAGCAUUGGCUGUUCAGGCUCCAGCUACUCUUCCUGAUCCACUGGAAGAUAUUAGGGAAGAAAGUAACAAGACUCCAAACUUUUUAGAUAGCAUCUUUUGGAUGGCAGCUCCCAAGAAGAGACGUACUAUUGAGGUGAACCGCUGCAGAAGAAGACAUCCUAGUAAACUUAUAAAACUCAAGACAAAUAUAGAUGUUUGUCCUGAAUGUGGCAAUCUGAAACAGAAGCAUGUCCUUUGUGGCUAUUGUUACAAAAAAAUUAAAAUGGAAACUGGUCUCAUAAGGAUCCAAAUAAAGGAAAAGGAAGCAGGGCCAUUUAAUGCUCCCACUGUUGAGACUGUAGUCUUGUAUGAGGGAGAGAAGCCCACAGAACGAGAUGAAGGCAAGCGGAUCAUUGAAAGAAACAGAAAACGUCCAAGCUGGUUCACACAGAAUUGAUUCCAUGGAACUAUAGAACUCCAUGUGGUCAAAAACAGUUGAUACUUCAGGAAAGAAGAAAAUGUUUAUCAAGAACAUUCAUUUUUUAGUUCACUUAAUGCUAAGAUGGGAAGCUGUCACCUUUUGGAAAACCUACUUCAAAAGCAUUUCCUUUAUGUGGGGUUGAAUGUCAUUGCCAUAGUGUGGCAGUGGGAAAUAUCUGAAUGUAAUAGCAUCAUAGUUGUAAAAAGUAUGCUUUAAUGCUAUACUACUGUAAAUUUAAAUGGUGAUUUUUACGUAAUGGCAUAAUGUAAAAUACAUUCACAGCUGUAAAAUAAAGUAUAUUAAGUUCUGUAGGGAGA